AUGAAUACUACUAUUAAAAGAAAAUUAUCCACCACUUCUGUUAAUGAAGACCAUGAUGGAAAGAAGCCUGAAUUAACAAAACAAGAUUUGUCAACUCAUGAUGCUUCCGAUGAAUCCAGUCCUGAAUCCAGUUCUGAAAGUGAAAAUGAAGAAGAGCAGGAUCCAAUAUAUGCUAAUAAAAAGCAAAAGUUAACUUCUCAAGAUAUUCAAAUUGCUCGUGAAACUGCAGAGUUAUUUAAGUCUAAUAUUUUCAAACUACAAAUCGACGAAUUGUUAGAACAAGUUAAAUUAAAAGAUAAACAUAUUCUAAGAAUGGAAAAAUUUUUGCAUAAACUUUAUGACAUGAUUCAGGAAAUCCCAGACUGGACCAAUAAAAGUUUAGUUGAUGUAGAAAACUUCUUUCAUGAUAAGAUUGUUACUGUUCCAUUUGCUGAUCCUAAACCAGCUCUUAAAAACACCUUAUACAAAUUUGGGUUUUUGAAGCCAAAUGUCUCCUUGAUUGGAUCUUUUGGUUUAAAAACAGCUAUCUACCAGCCCAGAGGUUCUUUUGUUGAUGUUGCAUUAACUAUGCCCAGCGAGUUGUUCGAAAAAAAAGAUUUUUUAAAUUUCCGAGCACUUCACAAGAAAAGUGUUUAUUUAGCAUAUUUAACUCAUCAUCUAAACAUUUUAUUUGAAAAAUAUGGUUUUAGUGAUUUUUUGGAAUUGAAAUACAAAUACUUUGAUAACGAUCCAUUAAACCCUAUUUUAACUAUUAUUUGUAACCCUAUUAUCAGCAACAAUUCCAAACUAAAUGAAUACAAUUUCCAUAAAAGCAGAUUUUCAGUCAAUUUAAUCAUCUCUAUUCCUUACGAUAUCUUUGAUAGAAAAAAACUGUUGCCAAAUAAAAACUGUGUCAGGGUUCAGGACGAUAAUAUCACACCUACACCUUUUUACAAUUUUUCGAUACUUUCCUCCACUACUCACGAACAUUAUUUAAGAUAUUUAUAUAAAACCAAGAAACUUACUGAAUCGUUCAAAGAAGCCAGUAUAUUAGGCCGUUUGUGGUUAUCGCAAAGAGGGUUUUCAUCCAAUAUUUCUCAAAAUGGUGGGUUAGGUGGUUUUGGAUCCUUUGAAUUCAUGAUCUUGAUGGCGGCACUAUUGAAUGGUGGUGGCGUUACUGGUAACAAAAUUUUGUUACACGGAUUCUCCUCCUAUCAAUUAUUCAAGGGUACCAUUAAAUAUUUAGCUACCAUGGAUUUAAGUGACGAUGGCCAUUUGCAGUUUUAUUCGGAUAAUUCAAAUUCUAUUUCGAACAAAUAUAUAAAGGGUGGUUUUAAUACACCAACUUUAUUUGAUAAAACAACGAAACUCAAUCUUUUAAGUAAAUUGACGCCAAGCGCUUAUAGAGUUUUACGUUUGUAUGCUGUUCAGACUUAUAAAAUGUUGAACGAUGUUGUUAAGGACCAAUUUGAAAAUAUUUUUUUGGUUAACACCACUAAACUUGACGAAAUUAGGUACGACAUUGUAUUAGACUUUAAGAUUAAGAGCGACAUAGCAUCUUUAAAUAGUAUGUUUGGUCCCAAGGAAAAGAUCCGAUUUAUUUCUUUGGAAAAUUUUACAAUUAACAAAAUAUCAAACAUCAUAACUUUAGGAUUGGGUGAUAGAAUUCAUGGAUUUGAGUUAGAAACAUUGUAUAACAACAAUGCCAAUAAUAAUAAUAAUAGUAGAACAUUUCCCAUUACAAAAAGAAAAUACCAAGUUGGAUUCGAUAUGGUAAGAGUGAAAAUUUUGAUAAAUCCACAAGAAUGUGAAAAAUUGGUUACUCGCGGCCCUAUAAAUGGCGAGGAGCUAACUCCAGAGGUUCAACAAUUUAGAGAAUUUUGGGGUCCCAAAUGUUCUCUACGUAGGUUUAAAGAUGGCUCGAUUGUAAACUCUUGUGUUUGGUCAACUUCUGCGACAAAGCCAGUUGUUGUUUCCAUUUUAGAGUAUAUUCUAAAGCACCAUUUAGGUGAUGAGGUUAGUCUACAAACAUCUGACAUGCUUAAAUUUAAUGAAUUAUUACCAUUACCAAACAUCCCUGGUGCCAAUUCUACGAGUAUUUUGAAUUUAAGCUCCUUUUUCAAUUUGAAAAAAUCCUUUGAUGAAUUAUACAAAAUUCUUUUCAGGAUGGAGUUGCCAUUAUCGAUCAAGUCUAUCACACCUGUUGGAAACUCUUUUCGGUACACCACAUUGUUGCAACCAGUACCAUUUGCAUAUUCUAAUCCGGAUUUUUUACAGGAUGUUGUUUUGGAGUUUGAAACAAGUUCCAAGUGGCCAGAUGAAUUGACAUCUUUGGAAAGAACCAAAACUGCAUUUUUAUUGAAGAUUCAUGAAAAAUUGGAAGAAUCGUACGCUGAUUACAACUCUUACUUUGCUAGGGAUGAAAGCAUUCCAAACAAUCUAGAAAUUAUAACAUUAAAUGUUUUAACACCAGAGGGAUUUGGUUUUAAAUUUAGAGUUUUAACUGAAAGGGACGAGAUUUUGUACUUGCGCGCAAUCUCUAAUGCUAGGUACGAGUUGAAAGCUGAACUAGAAAGAACCUUUUUAAAGUUUACGAGUAAAUAUUUAGGCUCAAUCAGACAUACCAGAACUAUAGAAAAUAUAUCACAUAGUUAUCAUUUGUACUCGCCUACUGUUCGUUUGUUUAAAAAAUGGUUGGAUAGUCACUUAUUAUUGUACCACCUUCCCGAGGAACUGGUGGAGUUAAUAGCUAUGAAACCGUUUGUAGAUGCUGAUCCUUAUUUUAUUCCAGGAUCGUUGGAAAAUGGGUUUUUGAAGAUUUUGAAAAAUUUAAGCCAGUGGAAUUGGAAAGAGGACCCUUUAAUUUUGGAUUUAAUUAAACCAGAGGUUGUAGGUAUAGCGGAAGAGAGCGAUUACAUUUCACAUGAAAUUUUAACUACUGAAACCACAAAGAAAUUAUCUGAAAAAUUAACAUUGGCGCAAUACAAAACUAUUCAAUCAAAUUUUAAGACGAUGAGGAAGACUGAUCCACAGGGACUACAUAUUCAAUUUUUUGUAGCUUCAAAAAACGAUCCGAGUGGGAUUCUUUAUUCUAGUGGUAUCCAACUACCUAUUGCCACCAGACUAACUGCUCUAUCCAAAGUAGCGGUUAAUUUUAUCCAAUUGCAUGGUAUUAAUGAUAAAACCAUUAAAUUGUUAUUUUCUCCAGGUUUGAAGGAUUACGACUUUGUUUUCAAGUUAAAAAUACCAAUGCCUUUGAGAUUGAGUAGUGGUUGUUCUGGUGAAUUUAAAAAUUUGGCUGUUGAUGCGCCAAUGUCUUUCCCCAAGGAUUGCGGCAAAAUAAUUGAAAAAAUGGAUCCUAGUCAUCAUUUGGUGAAAUAUUUGGCUAAAAAGUAUGGCAAUAGUAUUAUCUUUUCUAGCCAUUUGUAUGUAGGUAUCCAUAGUGAUAGAGGUGACGAAAAUGUAGUGAGCGGUUUGAUCAAACCAUUAUUUAAACAAGAAAAGUUGAAAUUUAGAGUCAAUAUGGAUUGUAAUGUUGAGCCCGUUGAUGAGGAAAACGUUAAAAUGAAUAUUAAGGCUGUUUUAAGUGAAAUUUCGACAUUUGGAAGUUCCUUAAUAACUGAUUUACAAAUUAAUAAUUGA